AUGGCCUCCUCUCCAGCCCCCAAAACGCACAUUGCGCAAACCCUACUCUCACGCGCCCACUCGCCAGAUAGCGCGACUCAACAGUUCACCGAGCGUGUCAAGCAAAAACCACUAUUCCUCCGCGCCACCUCGCCAUCAGCCUCCGACAACCGCUCACGCCGACGCCUCGAGCGCCUCCGCAAGAAAGAAUACUUCAUUCGCCAUCAAAAGCCACGGCCGCUCUCGGCGCGCGAGAAGCGCAAAUCUGGCCUUUACGAUCUGCCCAAGGAAGAAUGUAAAUAUGCGAUCUUCAAGGGCCUGCACGACCUAUGGGUGGGGUAUAUGCAGGAUGUCCUGGAUUUGAAGUCAAACCACGCGGUGUAUAUCACGCCGAACUCGCAUGGCAGUAAGCUAGUGAGUGCGGAUUACCAUGGGGCAGAGGUGGAGGUUGUGAGGAGUCGGUGUGCUGGGCGGGUCGGUGUUAAGGGCAUCGUGGUGCGAGAUACAAAAUUUACCUUUGUCGUUGUUACUCAACGGGAUGAAAUGAAGACCGUGCCGAAGGAACAUACUGUGUUCCGAUUUACAGUUCCUCUCCCAAAGCCCUCUGAUAGCGCAGAGAGUCAACAAAAAGAAUCAGCUGAGGAUUGCAAACCUUUGACAUUUGAGUUGCAUGGGAGCCAGUUCGAGAAUAAGCCUGUGGAUCGGGCGAACAAGAAGUUCAAAUGGAGGAAUAUCGAUUAUGUCUGA